AUGGCUGCAAAGGUUCGAAAAUUGCUCUACGAGCAGAAGAAGCUGCAACAGGAGCUGCAGAGGCGCGGCAAGCGACCCAAAUGCCUCAAAAGUACUAUGGAUGCCCUCAAAGAAAGCCGGAUCGUCGAUGCCGAGCUUCUCGGGGCGCUGUACGACCUGCAGCACAGCGAGGGCAUCCGGGCGGCCAACAAGCUCUCUCGCCUGCACGUCCAGUACGAAAAGAACAAAAUGAAAGUUAAGCCUGCUGCCCAGCUGUUCAGCAGCUCGGUGGGCAAAGCUCUGCUGUACCUAGAAGAGUCGGGCCACCAUGAGUUCAUCGGAGCGGGGGCAACGGCGCGCUUCAUCCUGCUGGUUGAUCAGGCAUCCGACUACCUCAACAACAGCAACCCCUACGGGAAGGGCUUCAAGACUCCUACCGCCAUGGACAUCAGUGAGGCCCUGCUGGAGGAGGGGUUCGUCUAUGUACUGCCAUACAAGGUGUCCCAAGACCAUCUAGAGCUGCUGUUUGGCCGGAUCCGACGUAUGGGCGGCUUCAACAACAACCCAAACGUGGCCCAACUGCAACAUGCCAUGCGCAGACUCAUACUGCACAGCUUCAUAUCGCCAUCUGUCACCGGGAGCUGCACGUCACGGGAUGAAGGUGACGACGGCCUGCUCCAGAUCCGUCGUCCAAAACGGCAGCGGCCGACGCUCAGCGAGAGUGACCCGAUGCCGGCGGUCGUGCAGCAUCUCCUCACGACGGAGGACACCGGCUCGGGGUUCGUUGACAACUGUGUUGGCUACAUCUCCGGCUAUGUGUGCCGCAAGCUGAUGGAAACGAGCGCGAUCGGGUGUGAGGACCACAUCCAGAUGAGGGCUAAAACAACUGUUUCCAACGUUAUCAUGUGGUGUAUGGCAGUUGUUCAGGGCGCCUAA